UUUUACUUCCUCCAGUAACUCUACACUAUACAUCUAAUUACAGUACAAACAAUUGGUGUUUAUUUUGUCUUUUUUAAUUAUGCUGGUGGAUUUUAAUCUUUUGAACCUGCCUGUGAGAAAUAAUAAUGAUCCAAAUCUCUCCAUUACAUUUAUUAAACAGAUGUAAGGAUACAGAGCUCUUUCGCUACUGUUCACUUUAAUCACAAUACACAUUCUAACAGAGUAUAUAUUCAUGUAUUUAUUCACAGUAGUUAGUUUUUUACUUUCAUGUGAUUUGGCAUUGACGUUUUAACAAUACACGCAAUUAAAGUUUAAAAUGAACACGUUUGCAUUUGUUUCUGGGGAAGAUUCGGUGUGAUGAAAACUACAAUAUAACUAUUGUUAUUACUAUAAGUAUUAACUAACUGGUCUAAAUCAAUUGAAGAUACAUUAAUGGUGUUGUUUUGAUUCAAUUAUUAAAGUGAAAGUAUUACAACAUACAUUGAUGUACCAUACACAUUUAAAUUACAUUACGACGUUACAAUAUACGCAGGUAGCAGAGUUCUGCGACAUUUCCGGUCGCUGAUGUGCAGUUUUGCUUUGCGGCAGUUGAGACAAACACAAGACUCACUUGUGGCGGCGAGUUAUUUACUGAGUUAUUUACUGAUGUUUUCACCCUGGAGGCGAACAGAGAAGGAAACGACUCGAGAUACGACAGCCUGAAGGAGCCUGCUGGAGGACAUGACCGCCAACACCACGCGAGAAGCAGCCGCGCGCCUCCAGUAGGCAGCCAAGCUAACCUAGCCUAGCCGCCAGCUAAGCUAACCUAGCCGCCAGCUAAGCUAGCCUAGCCGCCAGCUAAGGAAGCCCGUUCGCAGCAUGUUUUGAGUAGAAGCGGACAUACGCUCGAUGUGACCAACGCGCCCCGACAGACGGCACGUUUCUCGGCGCUGGCCGGCGGCCCCCGGCCGGUGACGGCGAUGUGGCUCCAGCAGAGACUGAAGGGGCUCCCGGGCUUGUUGUCCAGCAGCUGGGCGAGGAGGCUCCUCGUAGGGCUGCUGCUCUUCCUCAUCUUCUACUGGUACCUGGGAGCGGAGCGGCGGUGGCGGUUCUUCGGCGGCUCGGUGCUGCCCGGUGGAGCGGCGGGACAGUGUCUCCUGGCGGAGGUCCACAGGUGGAAGUCUCUCGUGGACCGAGGGGAGGGCGUCUACAGCACAGCCCAGGAACCGCUAGACACGCCGUUCGUAUCGGGGAACGGCCACAUUCUCAUCGACGUCGACUCCAACAAGCUGUGGGUCGCGUCGUCGUCGCAGCCCGGCUCGGCUCCGGUCCACCAGACCGAGUACUCGCCGAGAGUCGGCGUCCACCUGGAGGGGAAGCGGGCCGAGGCCCAGGCCGCCAUGCUGUGGUUCCGGAAGGGCUCCGUGCUGUCGGUGCGCUGCGCGCUGCUGUCCGCCCGGGACUGCGUCACCAUCAGAGAGGAGUUCAUCGCGCACCGCAGCAGACCCAGCGUCUACCUGCAGAGGAUCCACAUCAGCAACCCGUCGGACCACGCCGCCUCCCUGGACGUGUCCUACGACAGCCCCUCCUUUGGAAGCAAGUUCUCCACCAGCGUGGAGAAACUGGAGGACAGGGAGAUCGUGCUCUCCUCUGGCAGGGUGCUGGUGGACAAUGGCCGCCUGGUGCUGGUGGUGGUGGCCUCCAAGAAGGUGAACGGCAGGAUCCAGGUUCCAGCUAAACUAGAGCACAAAGACAACAUCCUGUCGGUGGUGUGGACCUCGGAGCCCAUCGAGCCCUCCAAGCUGGAGGAGACCUUCAGCACCCUCAGAGAUGGAGCCAAGAAGGAGCUGGGGGAGCUGCUGAGGGCAAACGUGGAUGAGCUGGUUGGAGAUCACCAGCAGGCCUGGAUGGACCUCUUCACGUCAGGUGUUGAAAUGAGGAAAAUCACAGACUCCCACACGCCGUCCAGCCGCACGGUGAACACCACCCUCUACUACAUCCUGUCCUCCUCCAUGGCUCCCCUGCUGGACCGGAGGCUGAGCGGCGAGGACCGCGUCCGCCUCGAGUCCAGCCUCAAGUACGCAGACCACUGCUUCAGCGGCCACGCCACCAUGCACGCGGAGAACCUGUGGCCCGAGCGGGUGAGCAGCGCCGCUCAGAUCCUGCAGCUGGUCACGCUGUGGACUCUGACCCUGCAGAAGAGGGGCUGCAAGGUGCUGGUGGCGGCCGGAGCCCACGGCGCCAUGCAGGGCAUGGUGCUCAGCUUCGGCGGCCUUCAGUUCACCGAAAACCACCUUCAGUUCCAGGCUGACCCGGACGUGCUGCACAACAGCUACGCCCUGCGGGGGAUCCACUACAACCAGGACCUCAUUAACCUGGCGGUGCUGCUGGACGGGGAGGGGAAGCCUUUUCUGCACGUGUCCGUGAAGCCGCAGGAGAAACCGGUGAAGCUGUACGCCUGCGAGGCCGGCUGCCUCAACGAGCCCGUGGAGCUGACGUCGGAGUUCAAAGGUCACACCUUCCCCGUGAUGGUGACGCAGCCCAUCACGCCGCUCCUGUACAUCUCCAUAGACUUGCGCCACCUGCAGGAUCUCCGCCACACCCUGCACCUCAAGUCCAUCCUGGCCCACGAGGAGCACAUGGCCAACCGGUACCCGGGCCUGCCCUUCCUCUUCUGGUUCAGCGUGGCGUCGCUCAUAACGCUCUUCCACCUGUUCCUCUUCAAGCUCAUCUACAACGAGUACUGUGGCCCCGGCGCCAAGCCCCUCUUCAGGAGCAAGCGGGUUGGCGUGGUGGCCUGACGCAGAGGGGGACUCCCCACAAUGCAGCCACGGGACUGAGCAGAGCAGCGUGGUCUCGGCUGCAGUGCGAUCACGAGCAGAGUAGCGUCGCCGGCUCGUCGUGGAACACCAAGCACUUGUUGAUCGCAAUGCAACAAAAGAAAAAGCACAAGUGAUCGUUUUUGUUAAAAAUCAGGAGGUCAUGUUUUAUCUUUAAGGCAUUCACUUGGUUCUGACUUGAGUACUGAGUAGCAGUGUUUAUGUAUCUAUAGUACAUCUAAAGUCCCAGACGCAAAUUCUAAAACCGUUCUUUAAGGCGACACAACUCAAACAAGUUUAGUUUGAACAGAAGCCAUUGACUUGUUUUGGGCAAAACACAAUUCAGAAACUUAAAACCUCAAAUCCUACGGCAUGCCUGGGAGAGCGUGCUGAUGUAUAUCUAUAGAUCUAGAUAUAUAUCCACACAUGAACGUGAGCCGUAAUACAGGCACGGUCCUGUUAAAGAAUUCAACUGAAUUAUAUUAAAUGCAUUUGAGUUAUUGAGCGUUCUAUUACUCUUUACUACUGACCUGGUGACCAAUCGGUCUGUUCCUGCUCCCCCUCGCGUUGACUUUCUCUACUCUUCCUGUUCUCCUGCGUUUUCAUGAUGUUUUUUAUUGAAUCACUCGAUUAAAUGAGGAAUAAAUCUCUGGGAUGGCUUUGGCUCUUCACUAAUGCUCUCUGACCCCUGCAUGUCUGUUCAUCUCUUCUGCUCUAACGCUCCCCUCUGACUUCACCAGGUCGCCCAUAAAAGUGAGGAUGACUGCUGUGACGCCGCGAACGCUGUGUGAGUGCUGCAGUGCACGUAAUCAAUGGGAGCUAUUGAGUGAGCUCCUGCUAUCAGAAGAACACUCGCCCAUCUGUUGUGACCAAACGUACCAAACGUACCUGUAACCCACUUGCUCCCAAUCACUGGUUAGAUUUGGGACAUUUGGUACACGGCCGGCUUGAACGUUUGGUUUCGUCCAAGCAACAAAAGAUAUUUGAUUCAUUCUAAACUCGGGUUUAGUAUUUUGUUUAGAUUUUUUUUUCAAAUCAAUGAAAAAAGUGACGUUUGUCUCAGUUGAAGACGGUCAAACUGGUUCUCCUCUAACUCAACGUAAACGCUUUACAAACCAAAGCUUCAAAAUCAGCAGGAGAGACAUUGAAUAAAUCCACACCUUCCCUCCGGGGCCUUCAAUUCCCACAAUGCAACUAGAGGCCGAGUACCGGAGCCUCUGUCCUCAGCAGGGACGAGCAGCAGCGCCUGGACGUCCUGUGGAGACGCCGGGGCCGCUCUGCUGUUGGCUCUCUGUUACCACGGCGCGGUGCUGCUGGGAGUCUGUUUAACGGGAACUUCAUCUCAGCACCUGUCGCAUUCCAGCAGGGGAAGGCGAGCAACGCUUCAGUGCUUCAAACUAGUGUCCUGUGUUUUCACAGGAGCCAACUGCUCCGUGGCUGUGAGAUUUGACCUGGAAUAAGUCCUAAAACCUGAAAGAGAGAUCUAAACAGCUUUUAUUCCAACCUCUUAUGUGAUAUAUGAUAUGAAAUCAUAACCCUCCGGUCAAUCUGGAAGCCUUGAGGUGUCUUUAAAAAGGCAGUGAUUUAGAGGACUAAAGGUCCUCACUUGAAAACGGGUCCUUCGGUAUCUUAGUGGGGAGACGUGAAGUCCUGGUGGUGUCUAUUUCUCCAUGAUCCUCCGAAGCAGAACAUGCAAGUAGCGUAAUGUUUGUCAGUCACAGAUUAUUCUCUGGCUGUGGAGAGAAACGGGGACGCCAACUUUACCACGACUAGAAGAAUACUUUCUCCCUCCGGCUCCCUGUGCGUUGCGUUCUGUCCUUUUAUUUUAAAGAUGUAGUUUGCUUUAAUCAAAGCAGGUAGCGUGAAGGCAACGGGUGUCUGCUAGAGGUCUUUGUGGUGUGAAUUAGAGGUUCAGAUCCUGCUGAAGUAACGCACACUGAACCCCACAGGCUCUUCAUCCAUUAAAUGCUGGAAAAGUGCUUUAUUAAAUCUUUGGUUGUAAUCGACCUGCCAGCGGUGAUGUCAUUUAGAUACAAGGUGGGUGGGUUCUUAUAUAUGAUAUUAAUAUUGUAUCAAAUUUGAAUUAGGCUCAAGCAAUGUGUUGGAAGGCUCUGCUCAGCCUUUUCAGGGUUUGACUUUAGUGGGAACUACUGAGGAAAAAGCCGUAAUCACGUUGGGUUGUACUUGGUGGUUUGUAAUAAGUGUUUGAUUCUGUUUGACGGAAUAAAUCGGUGAAAUUCA